UGAUCUAGUGAUGGCUAAUGCAAAUGCAUCAGCGUUGAUAUUGUCUUCAGGAUCCAUGGAACAAACACAUGUGUCAAUGCAAAACACAAACUUACCUCAACAAAAUCGUAAUGGGUCAGAUGGUCCUAUUGCAAUACUCUGGGACAUGGAAAAUUGUCCUGUUCCGAGUGAUAUACGCCCAGAAGAUGUGGCUGGCAAUAUCAGAAUGACCUUGCGGGUGCAUCCUAUAAUCAACGGAGCUGUAACUAUGUUUUCUGCAUAUGGGGAUUUCAAUGCUUUUCCUAGGCGUCUAAGAGAGGGCUGCCAAAGGACCGGGGUGAAGCUCAUAGAUGUACCAAAUGGGAGAAAAGAUGCUGCUGAUAAAGCUAUAUUAGUUGACAUGUUUCUUUUUGCUCUUGAUAAUCCUCCACCAUCUUCCAUCAUGUUGAUCUCAGGUGAUGUUGACUUUGCACCAGCACUUCACAUACUUGGUCAGCGUGGAUAUACAGUGAUUCUUGUAAUUCCAUCUGGGGUGGGUGUUUCAUCUGCCUUGAGUAAUGCUGGUAGUUUUGUUUGGGACUGGCCUAGCGUGGUUCGUGGAGAAGGAUUUGUCCCCCCCUCGAGAUCUCUGGCUCCUACACGUGGGGUGGGUCCCACUGAGGUCACUAGCUUUCUGAUGGGAUGUCAGAUAACCGACAACUCAGAUUUUCAAAAUGAGGAAGAAGCAAUUGUAUAUAGAGGGGUCUCACAAAGCUAUUAUAACUCAAAGGAUUUUUCAUUGUCUGAAUACAACAGUGCAUCACUUUCUGUGCCUUGUUUUCCUGCAACGUCAAGAUCUUACAGUCUUCCAUCCGGUUUGAAUGAUGUAUCAGUGCGACAUAUUGCGUCUUAUGAACAGAAUGAUUUAAUGUGGGUUCAGCCUGGAGAUUUGAUUGGUUUAAAGGGUCAACUAGUGAAGCUGCUGGAAUUAUUUGGUGGUUGUUUGCCUCUUGCCCGUCUUCCUGCUGAAUACCAGAAAAGUUUCGGGAGACCCCUUUAUGUUUCAGAAUAUGGAACUUUCAAACUCGUGAAUCUUUUGAAAAAGAUGGGUGAUAAAAUCGCCAUUGAAGGGAAAGGACAGAGGAAGUUUGUGUACCUUAGGAAAUGCUUAACUCGGCCCAACUCGCCCCCAUUAGAUAUCGGAAGGAAUGAUAGAAAAGGGAAGGAGAACAUGGAUGUUGGAACAGGUGUUGCAUCUUCAGAUGAGUUUUCUGAGGAUGAAAGGGUAGUUGUGGAAGAGCAGGGUGGGAUGGAUUCUGGAUCUGUGAUAAUAGACGAAAGGCUAGACCAGUUCAGGUACGAGCUUCAAGAGAUUCUGGUGAGCUAUUCUUGUAGGAUUUUCUUGGGUUGUUUUGAGGCAAUUUAUCAGCAACGAUACAAAAGACCAUUGGACUAUCAAAGAUUUGGCGUGAGUGAACUGGAGGAGUUGUUUGAAAAGGUGGAUGAUGUUGUGGUGUUGCUUGAAGAUCCAGUAAGCGAGAAGAAGUUCCUGGUGGCUGCUGGUUGCUAAGGAAAGCAUCCAUGUUUAAAAGUAAAUCUUGAUGAGCCUGAGGUAUGCUUUCUUUUUCUUUUACGGAUAGCAGUGUCGAUAAUUUUUGUUGCGAGAAACCCCCCAUAAUUGCAACUUGUGCGUCGCUGUUAUACCAACAGCAAUCUAUGGCAUCAAGUGGAGAGAAAUGUUCGACAGAGAUUAUCUUAAAACACACUGGUCUUGCGGCUUGCAAAUCCAAUUAAUUUUGGCAUCCAGAGUGGCAAGCAGGAUCCUUUUCGGGUUAUAACCAUGUUUGGUUUACACAUGCCUCCACCCUGCUCAUGGGUUUGAACAAGAACUGGCAUUCGGUUUGGUUUGAUAUGCUGGAAAUGGCCAUUCUAUUCUUGGUGGGCAUUGCAGUGAGGUUGAUUUUCAAGAGUCCCAGUGGUUUGUGUGGAUGAAAGAGGUUCAUGUUUCUUACUCUUGCCACAUUCUAAGAAAGAUGAAAAUGUUUGAUUUGUUGGGGGUUCAUGAUAUAUACAUUUGCGAUCUGGCUCAAAGAUGUACAACUUAUGAUGGGUUGUGGUUGGCUGGCUGGCUGGCUGGCUCUUUCUGUUGUAAAAUGGCUUGUUUUCAGGGAUUAUUGCGGAGUGAGGCCCAGCACAGAGAAUGGGUUGAGAUGAUGAUUCUCUUACUUGAUCAAACUCAUGGUCAUGGCUCCUUUAAGAUAGUUGAUUUCUUGUGUUGAAAAUUUCAACUCAAUUUUAUUGUAUAAGUUUUGUUUUUACAACUACUUUGGCAAACACCAAAGGAGAGAAUUAAAAUGCAUUCCGUAAACGAAAAUUACAUUUGGAAGCCGACCCACUGAAGGUUCGAUGCAAGAGUGAACUGAUUCAUUGUAUGGUAAAUAUUUG